ACCCAAAAGUGCAGCCCCGCCCCGUUGUGCAGGCUGCAGCCUGGUCCUUUGGCUACAGUGUAGGUGUGCAUCCGCAGAGUGGCGCUGUUUUGGAAAGGGGUGUUUGUAUCACAGCAGGAGCAGAGGAAAGGAGAGUAAAUCUCAUGCACUGCUCCUCCAUCAGCAUGCUGAGAGUCAGACCGCGGAGUUUAUCCUUCAGCCGCUCAGACACAGCAUGACGUGGGCAGUCAGGGCUACAACUGUGUCGCUGGAAUCGAUGGAUGUAUAAAAGACCAGAUAGUCACGUUUUGAGUAUGGUUUCUCCGAGUGUUUAAGGGAAACAUGGGAACACAAUUAACAGGAUUAUUUUGUCUGCUCUUGUGUUGUGAACUUUCGACAGCUACCGCGUACAGGCGCAACUUCAGGCUUGGGAAGAGCCUCCCCACUCGUUCUUAUAAUGAUGCCCUCAGGACUAGCUCUGAGCGCGCGCUGGCACUCCUGGCUCACAGGAACGGAUUUAAUGAUCACCUACAACAGAAAGACGGUUUAAACGUGCCCGAGACGUUCGGGGAAAACGUCCUGGGUUAUGAGUCUCAAAAUGGCCGUGUGGGUGUUACAGGUGUUCCACUGGCACACGCGGAUAAAACACUUGACGCACCCGGUACGCAUGAAACCACAAGUCUGUCCUGGAUACACACACUUGACGGAAAGCACGUGAAAGAUCCUGGUGUGUACGAGCGACAAAGAAGAGCUGCGAGGACGAAUCAAAGUGAACCAGGAUCAGUAGUUGAGAAGUUGGAAAGCCUCCCUAAACCAUCAUCUCAGCAGCAGCAGCAGCAGCCCACAGAGCCGCCGAGUGUUUUCCCUUCACCUGACCCUGCGCUCGCUGUCCCUGAGGAGGACUACGAGGACAGCACUCCUCUCGGCCCCAUUAACACCCGACCCAGAGGUCCUGGGCUUCCAAACCCGUUUCAUCCAGGCACAGGGGAAUCAUACGCAGCGUAUGCGGUCAUAUUAGUGUCUGUAAUCAUGUUCACAGCGGGGAUAAUCGGCAAUAUCGCAAUCAUGUGCACCGUGUGUCAUAAUUACUACAUGCGCAGCGUCUCAAACUCACUGCUCGCCAAUCUGGCCCUGUGGGAUUUCCUCAUCACCUUCUUCUGCUUACCCUUAGUGAUAUUCCACCAGCUCACGAAGGACUGGCUGCUUGGAGAGUUUUCCUGUAAAAUUAUACCCUACUUUGAGGUGGCUUCCUUGGGUGUAACUACUUUUACCCUUUGCGCUUUGUGUAUCGACCGUUUCCGAGCCGCAUCCAAUGUGCGGAUGUACUACGAGACGCUUGAGAACUGUGCCUCCACUGCAGCUAAGCUAGCUGUGAUCUGGCUGGGUGCUCUUUUGCUAGCACUGCCUGAGCUGCUAAUCCACCAGCUGGUAACAGAGGAGAGAGAGGUGCCUGCUGAGGAGCUCCCUGAGGUGGCUAAUGAGAUGCUACCCAGCGAGCGCUGUAUAGUCCGCAUCUCCACAACACUCCCUGACUCCCUAUAUGUGCUGGGACUUACUUAUGAUGGAGCCCGUCUUUGGUGGCACUUUGGCUGCUACUUCUGUCUGCCCACUGUUUUCACCAUUAUCAGCUCAGUGGUAACAGCGCGGAAGAUGCGCCAGGCUGAGAGGGCAAGUGUUCGUGGGCAGCGUGAGCAGAUCCACCUGGAGAGAAGGAUGAACUGUACAGUAGUGGCUCUGGCCAUCCUCUAUGGGUUUUGUGUGAUCCCAGAGAACGUCUACAAUGUUGUGUCGGCAUACAUGGCCGUUGGAAUGCCACGCCACACUCUGGACAUCCUACACAUGAUUAGUCAGAUGCUGCUGUUCUGCAAGUGUGCAGUGACACCUGUGCUGCUGCUAGUGCUUUGUCAGCCUUUCAGCAAAGCCUUUCUGCAGUGCUGCUGCUGCUGCCUGGACGAAUGCGGCCCGCCAAAGUUGUCUAAUGGGACUAGCAACGACAACGAGAAUGAGGCCACUACUGAGCUGGAGCUCUCACCCUAUAGCACCGUGCACAGGGAAGCAGCUAGCUAUACAUCUGUCAACACACAGUCCUAGGAGUCUUUCACCUGAGCACAUACUAUCCACCCAUACGUACACUCUAGAACAUAUCAUAGCCAAAGGAUACAACCAAUAUCCAUGUUCUACACUCUGUCAUGUUUUACCACACUUUACAAAGGGCUCAGACUUGUGACUUGUGAGACCACUGUGAUCUACCGUCUGACUUUGGGUUUUAACUCACUUGGCACUUUUUGGGAGAUGCUUGGCCACAAAUAGUCUACAUAAAGCAAUUUACAGUAUUAGAGGGCGGAUUUUCUUAGUGUUGUAGCUGCUCGUUACUGUUUGCAGAAGAAAACCAUGAGCAUUAACUCUAGUUUAAAUGGAGUUCAUAGGGAUUAUGAAUUAACUCACAUUUUUUUUGCACAGUUGUCUUAUAUGUACAUCUUGAAAGUUUACAUCUUUAAUUUUUUUUUGGCAAACACAAUGUAGUAUUUUGAAGUCUCAUGGAAAGUAAUCUUAAAAUAGCUGGUAGUUAAUACAGUGCUGUGAAAAAGUGAUUUCUUCUGUUUUUGUGUUUGUCUCAUACUAAAUUGUUUCAGAAAUUAAAACAAAAUCUAAGAUAAAACAAAGGAAACCUGAGUAAAUACAAAAUACAGUUUUUUAAAAUGAUAAUGUUAUUUAUUGAACGAAAAAGUUAUCCAAUAACAACUGGGCCUGUGUGAAAAUGUAUUUGCCCCUGUAGUUACCAAUUCCCCAAAUCUAUGGAACUGCAUUCAUAAUGGGGUUCAGCUGGACUAGACACAACCAGGCCUGAUUACUGCAAACCCUGUUCAAUCACAUCAACACUUAAAUGGAACUUUUUCAACAUGAAGCAUGAAGUUGGUUAAAAGGUCUUACCCAGUAACACACUAUGCCACAGUUGAUAGAAAUUCCAGAAAUGAUGAGGAAGAAGGUGGUUGAAAUACAUCAGUCUGGCAAGGGUUACAAAACUAUUUCAAAGGCUCUGGGACUCCAAAGCGCCACAGUAAGAGCCAUUAUCUCCAAAUGGAAAAUCUCUGCACGGUAGUGAAUCUUCCCAGAAGUGGCCGACCUUCCAAAAUUCCUCCAAGGCAUCUACUCAUCCAGGAAGUUAUUAAAGACCCAAGGACAACAUCAAAUGACCUACAGGCCUCUCUUGCAUCAAUAAAGGUCACUGUUCAUGACUCCACUAUCAGAAAGACACUGGGCAGAAAUGGCAUCCAUGGAAGAGAAGCUUAAUCUAAUAAAGCUCUUAUGUUAGACAAGAUCAUUAAGGCUGAUCUGAAUUUUGCCAAAACACACCUUGAUGAUCCUCAAACCUUUUGUGAGAAUAUUCUAUAAAUUGAUGAAUUGAAAGUGGAACUGUUUGGAAGACAGUGGUUCUGUUACAUCUGGCAUGAACCAAACACAGAAUUCCACAAAAAGAUCAUCAUACCUACAGUCAAGCAUGGUGGUGGAAGUGUGAUGCUGUGGGGAUGCUUUGCUGCUUCAUGGCCUGGGCAACUUGCAAUAAUUGAGGGAAACAUGAAUUCUGCUCUCUACCAGAAAAUCCUAAAGGAGAAUGUCCGGUCUUCAGUCUGUAAAUUGAAAAUCAAGCACAACUGGAUUAUGCAGCAAGACAGUGAUCCAAAGCAUAGGAGUAAGUAAGGAUCUCCAGUUAUCUAAAGUGUUUGGUUGCAGUAAUUUAAGGGGGCAAUUAAUUUUUCACAUUGGUGAUAGGUGUUGGAUAACACUUUUUUUUCUUUAAUUAAAAUAAAUAAAUAAAAACUGUAUUUUGUGUUUACUCAGGUUGACUUUGUUUUAUGUUGUAUUUUGUUUGAAGAUCUAAAACUUUUUAGUAUGACGUAUACAUAAACAGAAGAAAUCAGGAAAUAUUUAUUCACAGCACUGUAUGUUGUUGGGUAAUGGUAAAUGAUGAUUCAUAUGAAUCAGUUAUACUCUGUAUUUAGUAGCAGGAAAAACUGCAUCACUUCAGCUGACUGUAAAAUAAAGACUGCUAUUUUAGCCUAAAUAUUGUUUUAAUAAAAAAAAAGUGAGUCAAAAAGUGUGGUGAAAGACUUGUAUAUACCUAAUUGUGGCAAAUAUGCAGUUAAAUGUAUCAUGUGCUGAUUGUAUUUAUUUGUUUACUUAUUUAUUAACUGUUUUCGUUGGAACUCAUC